CACAUGGCGUUUCUACCUUAUGAGGUGCAAAAUAAUUCGAAGGAAGGUUUCUAUUUGGUGUCUUUUCUCCUUUCUUUUCCAGUUUUCCUGACGUUCAAACGAAACUUUGGGAUGUGUGUAAACUAUGGGGAACUGUUAUGAUUGUUUAAGUCCACAAGAACCCGAUACGACUCCAGACCCGGAAAUAAGAAGACAACAGCAAAUAAGGGCAGCAGAGCAAAGACAGAAGGAAUCAGAUGCCAGAGGUGUGAAGGAUCCAGAACGACUCAAACGACAGCAAAAGAAAAGAGAAGAUGCCGAAAAAACAGCUUUGACUCAAGGACAGGGGGAGGGAGGAUUAAAGUGGACAGUUGGAUGAUGCUACAACCUAUUACCAAAAACCAAGGGCAAUCUUGUGUUGGCACAGUCAAACUGAAUCAUGUAUAUAUAGUAAAAUUCCAGGUAGAUACAUUAAAUAAUUCUGCAUUAAGUCACUUGUAAAUAUCAUCUUAAAUUAUUUUAUUAGCUUCUAUCUCAUUUUAAUCUUUCAAAAUAAUUCUAAGUUUCACAUUAUUUUGUCAUAAAUUAGAAGCUAAGUAAACCAAAUGCAUCUGAAUACUGUGGACAAUAAAUCAAAACUGCAAAAGUAA